AUGGCGCCGACUCCUCCUCCUCCUCUUUCUCCCUCUUCCCUCAUUCCGGAGGAUUCGUCGUCUCCAUCCUUCAUUGCCUCUCUUUUCCCAACUUUUCAAAUCGAAAACGGAACUCAAUUGGUUGUCACAAUGCUUCUUAUGAUUCCAGUUGUCUAUUUGGGAUAUCGGUUAUACAGAACAUUCUUCGCAUUCCUGAAAGCCAUUUUCAUUUACGUCGUUGCUCCUGUUUUCUAUAAACCAAAUCUGGAACAAUACCAACACAGAUGGACUGUUGUGUCUGGAGGAACUGAUGGAAUCGGAAAGGCGUACACUAUGGAAUUGGCGAAAAGAGGGCUUCGCAAAUUCGUUCUCAUCGGGAGAAAUCCAAAGAAAUUGGAAUCUGUUAAAACAGAGAUUGAGGAGAAACACUCGGACGCACAAAUCAAAACUUUUGUAUUCGAUUUUGGAAGUGGGGACUUCUCGCACCUUCGAGAUUAUAUCAGCGACAUCGAUGUUGGAUUUGUCGUAAACAGCGUUGGAACUGGACGCGAUAAUCUGGAAAGGUAUGGAGACAAUCCAGCAGAAGAUACUCAAAUUUUGAAAGUUAAUGGAUUGGGAGCCGCUGAAUUCCUUUCAUGUGUUCUUGCGCCAAUGGAGAAAUCUGGUGGAGGACAAGUUGUCGUGCUCUCUUCAUCUCAAGGAGUCCGUCCAAUCCCAAUGCUCGCUGCUUACUGUGCAACAAAGGCGUUGAUGACUUUCUUGUGCGAAUCUAUCGAUCGUGAGUACAACACAAUCAACGUGCAAACAUUAAUUCCGGCUUUGGUCGCCACUAAAAUGACCUAUUACACUGAAGGAUCAACGUUUGUCGUGACCCCUGAAAACUUCUGUCACCAAGCAGUUGGCUCGAUCGGACUAACUAAGAAAACUGCUGGUUGCUUGAACCACGAGCUGCAAAUGCUAGGAUUCCACUUUUUCCCUUGGACGAUUCUUAAAUACAUCAUCAUGCCGAUCUACUAUCACCAGAGAAAACGUGUCUCUCAACUUCAUAAUGCUGAACAACAACAGCAUGUUCCACUUGAGGAUAUAACUGGAGAACCCAUUAUUUCAACGAAAAAAGUCAUCACUCGUGAUUCUGCAACUGCAUAG